AUGUGCGAGACGUGUAGAGGGAGGCAUCGGGUUUAUGCGAGUACGAAGAGGGCACGGAGGAAGAUGGAGAAGGCUGCCGUUGCUGGUGUUGUUGCUGCGCGUGCUAGGGUUGGUGAGGUGGGAGGCGAUGAGGGAGACAGUGGAGAUGUUACUGCUGUUUGGAUGCCUUUGAGUGUUGCUGAUCAAACCGAGAUCCACCAGGGUACCCAAGCCCAAGCAGGGCAGCAAGACCAGCAAGCGCAAGGAUGGGACCACGCGAUCGAUCCGCGGCUUUUUCAAGUCCCGGGUCAGGGUGCUACUGUGCCUCCUUCUUCGUCGACGAGUUCGCCUCUACACCCGCAUCUUGUGACCACGACGUCCGAGUUGGCUAAUGCACUGACGUUGCCGGUGACUGUGUCGAGUUAUGCCGGGUAUGCACAGCGGGAGGAAGAGCGAUUUCAACAGCCUGUCGCGUCGAGUACGCAGGAGGAUCAAGGGACGAUGCCUACCCCGGCCUCGGAUGAUAUGCAGAGUCCCCACAGUGAAGAUCAACCACAAGGGCAAGAGCAAGAGCAACACGAAGAAGAAGAAGAGGACGACCCGACCGUACCGACGCGGAGGUGCUCAGUCAAGGGGUGUAAGAAGGUUAUUCGUGGGAUGGUAUACGCCCAAACUCGCAUCCUCCCUCUUCCUCCUUUCCCAUCUUUUUUCUCACUCCUCACUUCUCUUCUCGUUUUCACUCCAACUAACACCCCAAACAGGCACCUACGAAUACAAAAUGUGUCCCCCCUGCCGAACGCGUUAUAG